AUGAGUCAAGCAGCUACACAAGUACUUCUUGCAGAGACAUGGAAUGAAAAUAUUGAUCCAACUGGAUGGUGGAUGAGUGAAAAACUUGAUGGUGUUCGAGCAUAUUGGAGUGGAAGUAAUUUUUAUUCUCGUCAAGGGAAUCUAUUUCAUGCACCUGAUUUCUUCAAGGCAGCACUUCCUAAAGUACCAUUAGAUGGAGAAAUAUGGUGUGGCCGUGGGCUGUUUCAAAAGUGUAUUAGUAUUGUAAAAAAGCAAGCAAAUAAAGUUGUACCGGAUGAUUAUAAACUUCUAACUUAUUUAGUUUUUGAUGCACCAUCACACGGUGGAAAAUAUGAAGAUCGUGUUAAAUGGUUACAAGCUAAUGUUCCACAAGAUGAUGAUAAAUGUUAUGCGACUAUAGUCGGCAUUAAAAAAUGUCAAGGAGCUGAUGAUCUCAAACAAUGUUUAGCGAAUGUAAAUGCAGCAGGUGGAGAGGGAAUUAUGCUUCGUAAACCAGGUAGUCUUUACGAAAAUAAACGUUCAUCUACAUUACUUAAAGUAAAAACAUUUUAUGAUGAAGAAGCAUUAGUUAUUGGUCAUAAACCUGGUAAAGGUAAUUGUACAGGAAUGUUAGGUGCUCUUGAAUGUCAAUUACCUAAUGGAAAACGAUUUGAUGUUGGUAGUGGAUUUAAUAUGGAUCAACGACGAAAACCACCAAAAAUUAAAUCGGUUAUUACAUUUAAAUUUCAAGAAUUGUCCAAUGCUGGUAUUCCACGUUUUCCAGUAUUUCUUCGAAUGCGUACUGAUUUAACAUGGAAUGAUGUUCUUGAAGCAGCUAAAACAAAAAAACCGGUUAGUGUUAUACAAAAAGUUGUACCAACGACAAAAUUAUCUAAACAACAUUCAAUAUUAUUUUCUGUUAUUCCAUCACGUGAUGUGAAAAGCGGAAAAAAAAUUGUUACAUCCGAUGAUGAAGAUGAAGAAACGCAAGUACCAUCAUCAUCAUCGACAAACAAGAACAAAAAAGAUACCCGUGAACUAUGUCAAUAUGGAGACAAAUGUUAUCGAACAAAUCCUGAUCAUCUUAAACAAUAUCAACAUCCAACGGUGAAAUCAAAAUCUAAAUUAACGAAAUCUAAAACAAAACCACCAUGUACAUUUGGAUCAAAAUGUAAUCGGCAAAGUUCAGUUCAUUUAGCAAAUUUUUCUCAUCCUUCAAAAUCUGAAUCUCAUGAUCCAAUUGAUAUAGCUGCACAAGAAGAAUUACUUGAUCCAGAUGAUUUAGUUGAAAUUGAAGAACCUGCAUCACCAACAACAACUGAUAAUUUACUUGUUAAAGAUAAAAAUAAAGAUCGUCAAUUUGAUACGAAUGAUGAUGAUGAUGAUGAUGAUCAACCAAGUACGAUCAAUAAAAAAACAACGAAACGAAAACGAAAUCUUGAAGAAAAACCAACAGUUAGAUCAACUAGAAAACGUAUUAAAAAAUCUUAA